GUGUAUCCCUCCCUCUUGUAUUUCCAUCUCGGGUUGUCAUUCCAUCAGUUCCAAAACAUCAGAACGCCAGGCAUCAGUUUCAGACCAAUCGGUGCUGAGGGAGGUGCAACGGCACUCAAAAAGACGGCUCGUUUGAUAAAUACAAGACAUUUCCGCCUGUCUCCACAUAACUGAGCACAGAGGGACAGUCACCAGAGGUUAUGUCUGACGUCAUGAGGAUGAACAACUUAAUUCAGUUCACCGUGGGUUUUAUUGCUGUGCUUAUAUCAGCGACUGGAGCUGUGGAGGUGGAAUAUGCUCAGGUGGGAGAUACGGUUAUCCUUCGCAACACGGCCAUCGAUUCCUCCAAACAUUAUGUGAACUGGUACUUUAAUAGCGUUGGUAGCUCUGAACUUGCCUCAAUCAACCCUUAUGGAAGGCAGAGCAUUACAACAGUUGAACAGUGGAAGAACAGGUUGACCGUGUCUGAUAAAUCACUGACCAUCAAAGAUUUCCAACAGAACUUCUUUGGGACUUUUAUCUGUGAUGUAAAAUCAGGUAUUAGUCAUGUCUCCACGUUCGAGUAUAAAGUAAUCAAAUAUAACGUGAGUAUGACUCCAGCGUCACCUCGGCUAACUGGAGAGCUUCUGACUCUGGCCUGCAACCUGGAUAUUUCUCAGGGGCAAAAAGUGCACUGGCUCACUCCUACGGGAGACAAACGUUUUGACAGGGAACUCAAACUAAAAGUCACAACCAAUGACAAUGGCCAGUGGUCCUGUGUUGUAAAUGAAGACAAAAAUCAAAAGGGUUCUGUUUCUGUUACAGUUCUGGACCUCUCCCCUGUGCCAUCACGUCUGUAUACAUCUCCAAACGUCUCUCUCACCGUCCCGUGCUCCUUUCCUUCCCACAUCUCCUGGGACCAAAUCAAACAACGGGGCAUCGAAGAAGUUCAGUGGCUCUUCUCCCCUAAAUCCUCCUCGAGCCAUAUUUCUCCCCAGGAGCUCUACAAUGUCUCCCUGAAGGACAUGAAGUGGACAAAAAAACAAAACAGAAGACUGAUGCCUGUACCAGGUCUUGAAAAAGGAAAUCUGUCUUUGUCCAGAAACCGGGGGAAUGCAGAAGACGAAGGAAUGUACACGUGCUUAAUGAAAUUUAAAGAUGACGGAGUUCUAAGUCGCACUGUAGAAGUCAAGGUAUUGCAAAUCAUCUCCUCCCAAGGAACCGAGUUCAUCUCUGGCCAGCAGGUCAACCUCUCCUGCACCACUGGUGAACCGCUGCCCACUGACAUGCAGCUGAAAUGGUUCCCGCCUGAAAAAUCGCCCUUGCCGAUACCCGACCAUCACCUUGGCCUUCUCACCCUCCAAGUGGGGACGGGACAUAGCGGAAAGUGGAAGUGUGAGCUGUGGCGGGACAACGUAACCCUGACAUCUGCCGUGAUAACGCUGAAGAUCGAGCCCAAACUGAGCGCGUGGAUGUUAGUGCUCAUAUGCAGCGCUGCCGUCAUCCUACUCCUCCUCAUCGCCCUGGCUGUCAUCCUCAAUCGACGCAGACAACGGAAGCAGAGACGCCCCAGGUACUGCCAGUGCAAAAACCCCAAAGGAUUUUACAAAACAUAAUAUCUCCCAGAAAGACAUUUUGAAGACGGCACGGCAACCUGAGGAAAAUUCCCUCCCAGUAAAAUGGAUUCAAUCUAUCAAGCGCUGCACCUCUGUGAGCUGGGUUAUGUGAGAGACUAAAAGAUUAAGAGCAUGUAUAGUCAUUGUUGAAUGGACAGAUGAGGAAGUCUCAUCACAGGAAGUGUAUUUUAUUGUUGUACAUAUCAGCCAGUUUGGAUUUUAGAUUUGUAACAUAAUCAGUAACUUUAUUUCCUUCAUGUUAUUUUAUCCUCAUUUUUCUCCACACCAGUGGUUUAAACUAAUGUUUUGUUUGUGUAUAUUUUUAUGAUCUUAUAUAAUUCU